AUGAACGGCCUUUCCCUCACCCACUCAGUGGGUUACCUGGUCAUAAAAGGAGAUCAGGACAAGUUACAUCCAAGAAAUCUUAUCCCAGAGCUUUGUAGACUGUUUUACGGUUUAGGCUGGGUUACAGGAACUGGUGGAGGAAUCAGCUUGAAACAUGGGAAUGAAAUCUACAUCGCUCCUUCAGGAGUCCAGAAGGAAAGAAUACAGCCAGAAGAUAUGUUUGUUUGCGACAUGAAUGAACAGGACAUCAGUGGUCCUCCACCGCACAAGAAAUUAAAGAAAAGCCAGUGCACUCCUCUCUUCAUGAAUGCCUACACUAUGAGAGGGGCAGGUGCAGUGAUCCACACUCAUUCCAAGGCUGCUGUUAUGGCUACCCUCCUUUACCCAGGGAGUGAGUUCAGUAUUACCCAUCAGGAGAUGAUAAAAGGAAUCCAGAAGUGUACUUCAGGAGGCUAUUACCGAUAUGAUGAUACACUAGUAGUUCCCAUUAUUGAGAAUACACCAGAAGAGAAGGAUCUCAAGGAAAGAAUGGCACGUGCACUGGAAAAAUACCCAGACUCUUGUGCUGUAUUGGUCAGACGUCAUGGAGUUUAUGUAUGGGGAGAAACAUGGGAAAAAGCCAAAACAAUGUGUGAAUGUUAUGAUUACUUGUUUGAUAUCGCAGUGCAGAUGAAGCAGCAUGGACUAGAUCCUUCAAAACAUCCAACAGGAGAAAACGGGAUCUUGUAAAUGACAACAUUUAUGUUCAGGUUUUUUACACGAUGAUGGGAGUUCCAGAUUCCACCUCACUUUGUUAAAACCAGGAGGGGGUGCUG